AUGUUCACAGCAAGUGCUCACGCCGUGCAUAUUGAUUCCAAACCCGUCAAAGCGGAUGUGCGAGGCACAACAGCUCAUAGACCUACCUCUGAUCAGCCUGACAUCGCGCCUACUACGAACCGCAAGUGCACCUUCUGGCUGCAGCGGCGUCUGAAGGGUGCCCAUGUGCUCGGUUAUACGUCUACCGGAGGACAAAGAGACAAAGAGCAUAGCUGUCCACGUGCGCAUAUGUCUUUGUGCUUUCUUGCGGCAUCACCCGAGAAGAAGCGUUUCCAGUACCACGCUCAAGAUGCAUACGGCCCGAUGUCCACCGGCGAUCGCCAGUCUCCUACGCCAAAGAACACUCGGGGCCGCGCUCGCGGCGUAUUAUAA